GUGGCGGCGGCGGUGGUGGCGGCGGCGGCGCCGGGCAGUGGCUGAGUCUCCGCCGCGGCCGCAGCUAGCGGUGCCCGAGCUCUAAGGCGCAUCCCGGGCUCGCGGCCCGAGCGGCCAAGACGGCGGGCCGGCCGGGCGCGGGGCGGCGCGCGCUGUGCUGCGGGCUGCGCUGGUGGGGAGCCGCGGGCCGCGGCGGGGGUCCCGGGCCCGGCGUGUGCGGCUGGGAGGCGCUCUGGGGUGUGGGCGCGCGGGCGGCGGCCGGGGCCAUGGCCGAGGGCGGCGGGGGCGCGCGGAGGAGAGCUCCCGCGCUGCUGGAGGCAGCCCGCGCACGGUACGAGAGCCUGCACAUCUCCGACGACGUGUUCGGCGAGUCGGGCCCGGACAGCGGCGGGAACCCCUUCUACAGCACCUCCGCAGCCUCGCACUCCUCCUCGGCCGCCUCCUCGGACGAUGAGCGCGAGCGCCCCGCUCCUCCGGGGACCGCCCCGCCACCCCAAGCCGCGGAUCCGUUGGAGCUGGAGGAGGAUGAGGCCAGUGGAGGCUGGAGCGCCGCGCUGCGGGAUCGCCCGCCCCCGCGCUUCGAGGACACCGGUGGUCCAACCAGAAAGAUGCCGCCCAGUGCUAGCGCGGUGGACUUCUUCCAGCUCUUUGUCCCAGAUAACGUGCUCAAGAACAUGGUGGUGCAGACCAACAUGUAUGCCAGAAAGUUCCAGGAACGCUUUGGCAGUGAUGGUGCCUGGGUGGAGGUGACACUGGCCGAGAUGAAGGCCUUCCUGGGCUAUGUGAUCUCUACCAGCGUCUCGCACUGCGAGUCGGUACUCAGCAUUUGGAGUGGAGGCUUCUACAGCAACCGGAGCCUCGCCCUUGUCAUGAGCCAGGCCCGCUUUGAGAAGAUCCUCAAGUACUUCCAUGUCGUGGCCUUCCGUUCCAGCCAGACCACGCAUGGGCUCUACAAGGUCCAGCCCUUCCUCGACUCCCUGCAGAGCAGCUUUGAUGCUGCCUUUAGGCCGUCUCAGACCCAGGUGCUACAUGAACCCCUGAUUGAUGAGGACCCUGUGUUUAUCGCCACAUGCACGGAGCGUGAGCUGCGGAAGAGGAAAAAGCGGAAAUUCAGCCUGUGGGUCCGCCAGUGCUCUUCGACCGGCUUCAUCAUCCAGAUCUAUGUCCACCUGAAGGAAGGUGGUGGCCCAGAUGGCCUGGAUGCUCUGAAGAACAAGCCCCAGCUCCACGGCAUGGUGGCCCGGAGCCUGUGCCGGAAUGCGGCUGGGAAGAAUUAUAUCAUCUUCACAGGGCCCAGUAUCACCAGCCUCACCCUGUUUGAAGAAUUUGAGAAGCAAGGGAUCUACUGCUGUGGCCUACUGAGCUCUAGGAAAAGCGACUGCACGGGCCUCCCUCCAUCCAUGUUGACCAACCCUGCCACCCCACUCGCCCGGGGCCAGUACCAGAUCAGGACAAAGGGGAACAUGUCUCUGAUCUGCUGGUAUAACAAGGGGCACUUCCGCUUCCUGACCAAUGCCUACUCCCCUGUGCAGCAAGGUGUCAUCAUCAAGAGGAGGAGUGGGGAAAUCCCCUGCCCUCUGGCUGUGGAGGCCUUUGCUGCUCACCUCAGCUACAUCUGCAGAUAUGAUGAUAAGUACAGCAGGUAUUUCAUCUCUCACAAGCCAAACAAGACGUGGCAGCAGGUGUUCUGGUUCGCCAUCAGCAUCGCCGUCAACAACGCCUACAUCCUAUACAAAAUGUCAGAUGCCUACCACGUGAAGAGGUACAGCCGGGCUCAGUUUGGAGAGAGACUUGUCAGGGAGUUGCUGGGCCUGGAGGAUGCAUCACCAGCCCACUGAGACUGUGCUGGCCCAGGGGUGGCAGGGACAAGGAGGGAGCCAGUCACCUGCCUGCCUGUUGGAGGGCCCAUGUGUGGCCAGAGGGUCUGCUUUCAGCAUCACCCCCCCCAAAGUGGGUGGGCUCCCCAGAGCCCAGUACAGGUGACUGGAGGGGCUGUGGCGGCGGAAGCUACCAGCAGCAGGACCGAUGGACCGUGCUCUGCUGCCCAGAGCUUGAGAGAUCAUGACAGGCUCAAGUUCAAACCAGGCAAGCUUGCAAAAUGGGCCACUCAGUGCCACCACUCAGCACCUAGGGACGUGUGUGAUCAGCUUAGAUGGCUCCCUUGAAAGAAGACAUGCGGUGUGGUGCCGUUAAAACUCCAGGAGACAGGAGCGGCUGCAGCUUGCUGACUAAACAGGGUGUUCCUGCUGCAUCCUCCACGGGGGCUGGUGCGGGGCAGGGCCGAGAGGGAACCGAGAGGUUCACAGAGAAGAGCAAUGCUGUUUUUUUAUUUUUCAAUAUAUCUUCAGGUUAUUUUCCUACUGUUGCUUAAGGUCUACUGUAAACGAGAUGUGUCCCUUCCUCUCCCACCCCCGACACCCUCACAGUCCCCUGCAUGAUCACAGUUCUGUGUCUGGCCUGGGGACCCGCAGGCUGUGCUCUUCGUCACCAUGUCGUUGUUGGCAGAAUUACUUGUUUUGAGAAAUACGUAGCGUUGUGAAAACAAAAUCCUCCAGCAUCCUUUCUGUGUGUGGUGGUCCCCCAGAAAGGUACGGCUGGAUCGGGAGGCCCUGGCUAGGGAACCCCCUGUGACUCGACCUGAGGUUGGGGACUUCCCACAGCAGGGGCCGGCAGCAGCUGGCAGCAAGGCGUGUGGAAUCCAAAGACCCAGGCCCUUCUGCCAGAGGUUGACGCAUCUCCAUGGAGCCUCCGCCCCGAGGUGGAUCCACCAUCCCCACACACGGGAACGAGGGAUCUCUGCACCUUGCAGCAGCCCCUUCAUCUGAGCGCCACCGCCACCUAAUCUCUCCAGACACACAAUGUCCUCAACGGGGGCUUCGGGGCACUCUUCCGUGUUCAUUUGGUGAGCUGAGGUGUGGCUGCACCUCGUCACUUCUGUGUCCUCCCUCUCCACAAGCGCCCUCACUUGUGGUGGGACCCGCGAUGCUGUGGAUCGUGGGCCUGAUUUCAGAUUGUGUUUGAGAUAAUCUUUGCUGUACCCUUAACUGGAUUGCGAGCACUUUUGCCACGUGGAGAAAUAUAUUUUUAAUUUGUGACGCUUUUCUACAAGGUCCACCUUUUUCUGAGUUCAGGUGUUUCCAACACUUAGGGAGACUAACGAAGGCCAAUGACUUUUUCUUUUCUGUCCAAACAAGAAAAAUAAAAAUAAAAGUCUAUUUAGAUGUC